AUGAAUGACUUCGUGCAUGAAGAUAUCGAACUGAAACGCCGGGCGUGGGCCCUGCACUUCUCCGAAAGGCGAAUCAACAACAAAUUUAAGUUCGCCAAAAGGGGGAAUAAAAAAUACGUGACGACGUGGGUCAAGCAAAAAGACCAAACGGGUUUAUUCGAAAGAUGGGUGAAGAAGACACAGCUAAAUGAGAAGUACAAACCGGAGGAUGAACAGCUCGAAGGGAACAGCCAUAAGGCAAAAAUGGAGAGGGAGGACCCAAACAUGACCCCCCAAAGGAACUGGACGAGGAGGAGCACCAGGAUAAAUUUACAAAGCAUUCUUGACAAGGAGACCUACAGAAGAUACUAUGUUGAUCCCCCGAGCGAUUUCUCGGUGGAGGAAGAUGAAACAGAGCAAGAGAAGAAAAAGGAAGUGAAGAAGCACGCAAGCGAACCAAACCCCAAGUGA